UUUGAAACAAGAAAUCUAAGGUAUAAGUAUGACGAUGUGGUAAUUUUAUGGAUACAAGCAAAACCCAAAACUUCUAAAGCAAGGAUGGCCGAGAGGAAAACACUAACAGCAAAGAAGAAAUCAGUGGGCGUCACAGAAUUCCCGAUCAUACUCGAUAAGACAGUAAAAGUUUUGGUUAAAAGGCCGAACACAAAAUCACGAAGCAAGGAAGAAAAGGAAGAGAAAGAAGAAAUACUGGUAAUAAACGGGAUCGAGCUCGAAACUGGCGCUCUUGUCAAAUUCGACGUCUUUAUCAAUGAUGAAGACGAAGUUGGUCCAGAAUCAAGUGAAUUUGCAGGUAGUUUUACAAAUAUGCCACAUAUCCAUAGAAGGAAAGACGAGAAAAUGAAGACUUGUUUGAAGUUAGGAAUAACUGAUCUUCUUGAAGAUUUAGAUGCUGAAGAUGAUGAUGAUGUUUUAGUUACUAUAGUACCAAGAGAUUCAGGAAGAGGAAAAGGUAAAGAUGUUGUUACAAUUGAAAGUAUCCAAAUCGAGUUUGAUUAAUGAAUCGAGAUUGAUUAAUUAUAAGAUGUUUGGAUUUUCUCUGUUUAUUUCCCAGCUACCUGGCUUGUACGUAGAAGACUUCUUCCAGUAAAAGAGGUCUUAAAAUAAAAUAAUAGAAAUUUACUUCUGUUUAUUAGCUAAAUUAUCUUUCAUCGAAGAAGUGUGUUGUUGUAAUAAAAUUAUUAGUCAAGAUGAUGUUGCUAGCCUAACUAUUUACAAGAUGUAUAAAUCACUUGAUCCAUGGGUCUAUCUUCAACACCUUAAA